CUCUCUUUCUUUUCACUCCGUCUCCUUGGUAACUCUUCCUUGAAGCCCUGUCUGGCCCUUCAGAAAGCUUCACAGAUCUUGUAUGUAUUAAUUUCUUGAUAUAUACAUUUCUUUGUUUGUGUUCAAUUGUUGUAUCUUCUUAGUUGUAAAUUCAAUGGCAAGAAUUAGAGGCAGAGCAGGGUAUAAACCACGCCCUUGUAACAAAACAGAGGUUUUGCAAUGGCUUAAAACCCUCCCUUUAGCCCCUGAGUUUUAUCCAACUCUUGAGGAGUUUAAUGACCCAAUCGCUUAUAUUCAUCGAAUUGAGAAAGAAGCUUGUGAUUAUGGUAUAUGUAAAAUCAUACCCCCUGUCUUGUUGUCCUUAAUGAAAAACACAUUUCUUCAACUUGAUAAUUCUUUAAUGGCCUGUUCUGCCUCCCCGAAAGGCGAAUUAAGGCCUACAUUCACUACCCAUAAAUGGCCAUCCUGUGAUUAAGUCUGUGAGGGAGUGGGAAGACUUGCACUGUUGAGGAAUUUGAAGCAAAGGCCUACAUUCACUACCCAUAAAUGGCCAUCCUGUGAUUAAGUCUUUCGAGAGAAAUUAUUUUGAGAGAAGGUCAAUAGAUAAGGGGGCUUUAAGUGCUUUGAAAAUCGAAAGCCUUUAUUGGAAUGCUGAUGCUGAUAAACCCUUUGAGGUUGAGUAUGCGAAUGACAUGCACAUAUGAGCUUUUGUGGAGUUGGAGAAGCGGAGGGGAAGAGAUGGGAAUGAUAAUUUAAAUGUGGGAGAUACUGAUUGGAACCUGAGGGGAAUAGCGAGGGCAGAAGGGUGCCCGCUGAGGGUUUAUUGAGGAUGACAUACCGGGAAUUACAUCCCCAAUGGUCUAUAUGGGAAUGCUUUUUAGCUGGUCCGUGUGGCAUGUGGAAGAUCAUGAUCUUCAUAGCAUCAACUAUAUGCAUACCGGGGAUAGGAAGACCUAGUACGGAGUGCCUCCGGAUGCAGCAGCCGCUUUUGAGGAUGUGAUCCGGAUUCACGGCUACAAAGGAGAGAUGAAUCCUAUCUUGAGUUAUGCUACUCUUGCUAAGAAGACGACGGUCAUGUCUCCGGAAGCAAUUCUUAAUGCUGGCAUUCCAUGUUGCAGGUUGGUCCAAAAUCCGAGAGAAUUUGUCGUCACCUUUCCAAGGGCUUACCACUCAGGAUUCAGUCAUGGAUUCAACUGUUCAGAAGCUUCAAAUAUCGCAACUUCUGAAUGGUUGCGGUUUGCAGGAGAAGCUGAAAUUCGCCGGGCUGCAGUAAACUAUCCUCCAUUGGUUUCCCACGUCCAAUUGCUCUACGAUCUUGCACUAUCACUCUUUUCAAGGUGGUCCUCUCUACAUGAAUUACCUAGACUUUUUAAUUGCAUGAUUUAGUUGAACAGUGUUGGAAUGUGCACAAUGUUGUCUGACAUUAGAUGGUCAAAAUGAUAUAAAAAUAUGUAUAAUUCUAGAGUUUAGAUCUCAUAUCUUCGAUAUAUCAUAAAUAUGUAUUUUACUUUAUUUUGUUAUCAUGUCUAUAUACCAUGGACUGUUUCUGUACCGGUUAAGCAGGUUUUAAGUACAUCAUGGCUGUACAGUUUCGACAUUCAUCCUGACAUUCCGCAAGGAACUGCAGGAGGAUCAGAUAUAGGGAAUUUGGUUGCUACUGGGGACUAUUAGGCACUACAUUCACUCAUGUUUUUCUGCUAUGCAUUUCCCUGUUAUGUGAUCAAUUUAUUAUCAGUGUCAUGCACCAUAGUCACAUAUUUAUGUGUAGGACUCUUUUUUAUGUGUAAAAGCAUGGUUGCUGAAAUUAAUAAUUGGAACUAGUCGGUUGACCUACCGAUUCAGAAUUUAUUUUGAAUUUAUUGAAGAUUUUUUCGAUAAAUUGGGGAUUUUUAGUCAAAUCGAGUGUAAUCAAUAAAUCGAUAAAAUAUUUCUCGGGGAUUUUUAAAUGAAUCGGGGAUCUUGAGAACAGUUUAUAAAAGGAGAAAUGAUACAAACGGAAAUUUUUAAGAAAAAGUACAUUUAUUAUCCAUGCAUUUUUUAUUUUACUUUUUAUCAUCAGGAUUUUCCUUUUCUACUUUAUACUCACACAAAUUCAAUAAAUACCCACAUUAAAAGCAAAAGACAGGCAGUUUGUUCCAGAGAGAGCAGAGCAGAAGUGUGUGAGCUUUUUUAACUAAAAUUGAGUGGGGUUUGCCAAGAAACUUAGUGAAAUGGCUGUUGAGGGUCUAAGUGGUGAAGAUGAGGGUUCUGAGUUGGUGCUUGCUAUCGAAACAGAGGGGGGUUUCGAAAAAGGUAAGAACUUUGGGGAAGGAAUUGGCGGUGAGAAUGAUCAAGGUGGUUUUGGGGGAUUUAGAGAUGGUUAUGAGUUUGGGGGUAAGUUGUGUGAGAAUGAGAAUCGAGUCGGUGAUCGUGAUUCGAAAGAUUUUAUUAAUGAUGAGGUGAAAUUUGAAGAGAGAAAAAGCGAAAAGUUAGGCGGUGUGGAAGGAGAUGAAGGUGAUUAUAAGGAAAUGAAGGAUGGGGAUAAAGAUAAGGACGGGAGUAAGUGGAGUGAGAUUGAGAAUGAAGGCGGUGAUCGUGAAUUGGAGGGUAUUGAAGAUGAAAUAGCGAUCGAAGAGCGAAACCCUAAAAGUCGUAGUAUUUUGGAAGGAAAUGAAGGUGCUUUGAAGGAAAUAAAGGAGGGGAUUAAAUGGAGUGAGAUUGGGAAUGAAGGUGGUGAUCGUGAUUUGGAGGGUAUUAAACAUGAGACGGCAAUCAAAGAGAGAAACCCUGAAAAUCUCAGGGUUGUGGAAGAAAAUGAAGGUGCUUUUAAGGAAAUAAAGGAAGGGGAUAAAGAUAAAGCGGGGAGUAAGUGGAGUGAGAUUGGGAAUGAAGAUGAUGAUCUUGAUUUGGAGGGAAUUAAAGAUGAGACGGAAAUCAAAGAGAGAAACACUGAAAAGCGUAGUGUUGUGGAAGAAAAUGGUUGUGUUGUGGAAGAAAAUGAAGGUGGGAGUGAGAUUAAAAAUGAAGGUAGUGAUCGUGAUUUAAAGGGUAUUAAAGAUGAGGCAAAAAUCGAACAGAGAAACCCCGAGAAACGUGGUAUGGUGAAAGAAAAUGAAGGUGAUUUUAAGGAAAAGAAGGAGGGGGGUAGCGAUAAGGAAGGGAGCAAUUGGGGUGAAAUUGAGGAAGCUGAAGAAAUUUAUCUUCGUGAAGUAAAGAAUAGGAGGGCUGAUAAGGGAAAAGAAGUCAUUGAGGACUAUGAAGAUGGUUGGGGUGUGAAUUGGGACGAUAUCAUUGAGGACUCUGAUGAUAAUUGGGAUUAUGUCAUUGAGGACUCUGAAGAUAGUUGGGGUGAGAAUUGGGAUGAUGGUGCUGUAAGAGCUAAAGCUAAUCAGGAGCGACAGUAUUUUGAUAACUACGAAAAUGAGAGGGAUAUAAAUAAUAAAGAACCUCAUUGGUACAGGAAUGCUGAAAUGGAUUCAGGGGGCUCAAAUGUUGAACAUUUUGGAAGGCGACAUUAUCCUUUGAGGCCUGAUGUGGAAGAUUGUUCGUUUUAUAUGAAAACGAACAAUGAAAAUGAGAGGGAUAUAAAUAAUAAAGAACCUCACUGGUACAGGAAUGCUGAAAUGGAUUCAGGGGGCUCAAAUGUUGAACAUUUUGGAAGGCACCAUUAUCCUUUGAGGCCUAAUGUGGAAGAUUGUUCAUUUUAUAUGAGAACUGGGACUUGCAGGUUUGGAUCGAAUUGCAAAUUUAAUCAUCCAGUUGAGAGGAAAAACCAGUAUUACUUGUCACCUGGUGGUUGCAAAAACAGAAAAGCUUGUAGGUAUAGUCAUGGCAAAGGAAAAGCUGCGGUGAUCCCAAAUUUAGAGUUGAACUUUAUUGGUUUGCCGAUUAGAGUGGGGGAGAAAGAAUGUUCUUUCUACAUGAAAACUGGUUCAUGCAAGUUUGGGGAAAACUGCAAGUUUCAUCAUCCGGAUGCUCCAGCAGUGGGAGGAGGUGACACUACUUCACCGGGUAGAGGUAGGUCAUCAGCAAGUGAUAUAAAUGAGACUGCUCCCUUCAGAACAGUUAUCUUUCCGCCAGAAAUUGCAGAGUGGAUCAGAUAUCAGGCUCCUGCAUACGGAAGAUCACAAGGGAUUCUGCCUGUUCCCCCAGCACUUGCGAUGAGUAUUCCAGCAACUGGAUCCAGCUUCGAUGCACAUCCACAAGGCCGAUCCAGCUUCUAUGCAAAUCCAGCUUCUAUGCCUGUUCCCCCAGCACUUGCAAUGAGUAUUCCAGCAACUGGAUCCAGCUUCGAUGCACAUCCACAAGGCCGAUCCAGCUUCUAUGCAAAUCCACAGGGCCAGGUGAAAGUAGACAAAUAUCCUGAACGACCUGGACAGCCCGAGUGCAGUUUCUACAUGAGAACGGGGGUUUGUAGGUUCAAAUCUUCCUGCAGGUUCCACCACCCCAGAAACCCGGAGACGCCUAUCCUUCUUAGUGACCAAGGACUGCCUCUGCGACCUGGCCAGAGGAUCUGCUCACACUUCAGACGUUAUGGGAUUUGUAAGUAUGGUCCUCUCUGUACAUAUGAUCAUUCAGUUGGUGGCACUGCAGCUUCAUCUGAUGGAUCUGAUCAAGGCCGUCCCUAAGAGUUUACCUGCUUUGAAGAUGAACAUGGCGAGUGAAACCGGACGCGAUGGGGUCUGCUUGAGCAUCAUACAGUAGUUGCAAAACAUAAACCAUAGUGAUUAUAAAUACUUGAAAAAUUCUCGUAAUUUACCUUAGGUUGAGGUCUCAAGACUUUUGAAGGAUGUUUUGAUGUUUUCGUGGUAUCAAGACUAUGGUUGCAGGAUAAUCGGAUGGUUUAUGAUAAAAGCAUAAAUUGACAGUUA